AUGCCAAGCAGAGUAAGCCCUGCAGCUGAGCAGGCAGGCCUAGGUGGGGAGCAGGAGGACAGAGCAGCUGUCCUGGGAGGCCACCUGGGUCCUAGUGCCCUAGUACCUGCCUGUUUCCUGGACAAUGGAAGAGCGACCACUCCUAGGCCGCUUCGCAGCUGGGAUGGAGCCUGCAGGGGCCCAGAGGGAAGGAGCAGGGGGGAUUUCUCCUCGGUCUAUGUCAGGAGCCGCUGGGGACCUGCUCGGGGAACAAGGGGAGAGAGCGCCGCUAACAAGCACAACACCCCCGGGAACCCCGGAAGAUCGCAGCUCGCCCUGCACUCAGUGGGCACCCACAGUGAGCCCCAGGUUCGCAGCGCGUCGGGAGAUCGGAGUCCCGUGUGUGAUCCUGUAACUGGGAGCCCUUCGUUACCAUCUAAUGCAACUUUCUGGAUACGAACGCUGUCCGGAUGCCGGGAGCUCUUCAGUCGAGUGAAGGAAGCUGUGUCCGGCCUUUUCUCAUGCCAGAAUCGCAUCGCUGGAACUGUUUCUGUUGCUGUUGUGAUUUUGCUAUUGGUCCUGGUAAUUUUCCUGAUUGUAUGGUAUUUCUCCGAUAAAGAACCUCCCAUCACCCUGCCCUCUGAGCCAUGCCCUGAGGACUGGCUGUACUUCAAAAGGAAAUGUUAUUACCUCUCAGAGAAGGAGGAGGACUGGGACUCCAGUCAGAGCUUCUGUUCCCUUUAUGAAGCUUCACUUGCUGUGAUUGAAAACCACCAAGAAAUGCAUUUCCUCACUAAGCGUAUGCAUAUGCAAGACUCCUGGAUUGGACUGCGCAAGCGAGAAGAAGGCUUCUACUGGGUCAAUGGCAUUCCACUUACAACAGACAUGUUUCACAUUCAGGAUCAUGAAGAAUGUGCCUACACAGAUUCAUCUAGUAUCUCUACAUCAGCAUGUUCUUUACCCAGGCACUGGAUCUGCAGCCGCCAUCCCUUCAAGUGAACAGUGCAAGGGGUUCUUUAACAACCAAAAGUGGGCCAGAGUUGUAUCAUCACUUCAAAAAAGUGGCACUUCUAGCCCCACAGCACCAGGGGUGAAAGUAACAUAAAACUCUUACCAGUACGGGGGCCCGGCUCCAGGCGCCUGGAAGGGGUAGGGCUUCAGGUGCAAGGGGCAGGGUUAGGGGAGUCAGCCUUCCCCAGCCAGCCCUUCCAUGCUGCACACCACCCAGGACUCCGGCAACAGUUUAAAGGGCCUGGGGCUCUGGCCACUGCUGCAGUAGCAGCAGCAGCUAGGAGCCCCGGGGCCUUUGAAAUCACCGGGCCCUGGGGCAGCUGCCCCUUUUGCCCCCCAGUCAGCAGCCCUAGGGGGGGCAAAACGGGCAACGAUGUUAAAGCGCUGCUGCAGCAGCGCUUUAACGUCAGCUGUGUACAGGCAGUACCGGCCCACUUUCACCUCUGCACAGCACACUCCAACAUCUACUGACUCGCAAACACUACUCCCUGCAACACCCCAUCCCUUCAUGUUAUACUGGGGCUUUGGUGUUAGCACUGACUCACAAGAAAAGUGCCCACCACUGAGUUGCUUAUACCAUUCCUUGAAGCACAGCACCACCUAGAUCCAUAAUAUGAUCAGGAAUGAUUCAGAGAGAAGAGUAGCCCUUACUGAGUUACAAACAAUUUCCUGCUGCACCUGGGUUUUUCUUGUAGCUCUUCCAUCAACAUACUAACCAGACCAGUUCCUUCCAAGCUUCUGCAAGCUCCGAUAAGUUCAUUGACUGAGACAGCAUUGUAAGCAGGAACUAAGAAACAAGAAAAUGCUAUAGUUUCUCUCACUUUGAAGGUGAUAUGGGCUAAUGCUACUAGGAAUGCUACCAGGAAUCACUCAGACGAUGUAAUCUAAACAGACAACUCACAAUGUGUUUUUGGUUUUUGACCUGGUGAGAGUGGAGCUUUGUAUCAUUUAUUGAUAUUUAACUUUUUAAAAACAAAUCUUUGUUUUUAAAGAAAUCUUUGUUACUAAGCUUUCAAGAUACAGUAGCAAGAAAGAUUGGUUCUGCUUUGAGUAGAAGGUUGGACUAGAUGACCUCCUGAGGUCCCUUCCAACCCUGAUAUUCUAUGAUUCUAUGAAAGGUGCUGUUGUGCUGGAAGAUGUUAAUGGCUGAAAUCAAUAACAGACCUAGUUAAGGACCCUUCUUUCAGGCUAAAUGGAAGGAACAACUAAAGCCACAUAUGAGAAAUGGAAACAAUAGGAGGCAGGAGGCAGGAGGAACAAGAAUAUAUAAGUGUGCACGCAUUCAUGUUCAGGGUAAUGUCAGAGGUACAGAGGGUAGGGGAAAACUGGGAUGUGAGUACACAACUGAAAGUAGGAGGUUCAAGUGUGACAGAAUAUAUCCUGUAUUCACACCCUAUACACUAUGGCAAUAAUAGGUGUGUUUAAACAGAGAAUACAAAAACAAAGUGAAAUCACAGAAGAGUUUGUUUCUUCAGCCUUAGAUCAAUCAAUCAUGAAUUUAAGGAGGCUGAGUCCCUGCUAAGAGUUGCCUUUCACAGGGGAAUACUUGUGACUGGACAGCAGGGGAAUAAGAAGUUUAAAUACUGGUGGGGGGACGGCCUUGUAAAGUAUCAUUUGAAAACUCAUAAUGUGCUGGUCAGUAUUGUCCUGAUAAAAUAUGUGUGGCAACAUUAUAUGUGAAGUUAUAAGGUUCCCCUGUAGGUUGUUAUUAACACAUGUUCCCAACCCCAUAGCUCUGCCCAAGCAGAAGUUUGCAAAUACGUCUGUCCUAAACAAAGACAUAUAUGUUUUUUUUAAUUUGCAUUUAAGCAGUAAAUGAAGUCAUCAUGCUGGAAGGGAAAACAAAGGAAGCUCAGACAGGUGGAAAAGAAACCAGCAGGGAACAUCCUUCCACACAGACUCUUUGUCUCUUUGUUUUCAGCUGGAAAUGUUUUUCAAGAGGCAGACUGGAACUAUAAAAAAGGAAGGGCAAGCAUCCCCAAGACACCCCUCCCUCUCUCUAUCUGUCUCUGACUUCUCACCUAAGAAGACAAAGGAAAACAGCUGUUUGACUAUUGGGGUGGGGGAGGGGGCUAACCUGAAGAGUUUAGUCAGUAAUCUUGCUGAAAGCAUGUGCUGAGAAAUUUUGCUUGAAUCUAAUUGUUAAAUUAUUGUAACCAUUUCUGACUUUUAUACCUCAUUACUUGUACUCACUUAAAAUCUCUCUCUUUGUAGUUAGAACAUAAGAAUGGCCAUACUGGGUCAGACUAAAGGUCCAUCUAGCCAAGUAUCCUGUCUUCCGACAGUGGCCAAUGCCAGGUGCCCCUGAGGGAAUGAACAGAACAGUUAAUCAUCAAGUGAUCCAUCCCCUGUUGCCAAGCUUCUGGCAAAUGGAGGCUAGGGACACCAUCCCUGCCCAUCCUGGCUAAUAGCCAUUGAGAGGCCUUAUCCUCCAUGAACUUAUCUAGUUCUUUUUUGAUCCCCGUUAUAGUCUUGGCCUUCACAACAUCCUCUGGCAAGGAGUUCCACAGGUUGACUCUGUGCAUUGUGGUAAAAAAUACUUCAUUUUGUUUGUUUUAAAUCUGCUGCCUAUUAAUUUCAUUUGAUGACCCGUAGUUUUUGUGUUAUGACAAGGAGUAAAUAACACUUCCUUAAUUACUUUCUCCACAUCCAGUCAUGAUUUUAUAGACCUCUAUCAUAUCUCCCCUUAGCUGUCUCGUUUCCAAUCUGAAAAGUCCCAGUCUUAUUAAUCUCUCCUCAAACGGAAGCCAUUUCAUACCCCUAAUAUUUGUUGUUGCCUUUUUCUAAAGCUGUUCCAAUUCCAAUAUAUCUUUUUUGAGAUUGGGCGAACAUAUCUCCAACCAGUAUUCGAAGUGUGGGCUUACCAUGGAUUUAUAUAGAGGCAAUAUGAUAUUUUCGGUCUUAUUAUCUAUCCCUUUCUUAAUGAUUCCCAACAUUCUGUUUUGCUUUUUUUGACUGCCAUUGCACAUUGAGUGGAUGUUUUCAGAGGACUAUCCACAAUGACUCCAAGAUCUUUCUUGAGUGGUAACAGCUAAUUAAGAACCCAUCAUUUUGUAUGUAUAGUUAAGAUUAUGUUUUCCACUGUGUAUUACCUUGCACUUAUCAACACUGAAUUUCAUCUGCCCAGUCACUCAGUUUUGUGAGAUCCCUUUGUAACUCUUUGCAGUCAGCUUGAGACUUAACUAGCUUGAGAAGUUUUGUAUCAUCUACAAAUUUUGCCACCUCAAACUUGUUUUUAUGGCUGUCAAGCAAUUAAAAAAAAUAAUUGUGAUUAAUUGCAUGAUUAAUCCCAUUGUUAAAUAAUAUUUAAAAUACCAUUUAUAUAAAUAUUUUUGGGGUUUUCUGUAUUUUCAAGUAGAGGCUCAGGGCUGAGAGCUCUGAGCUUCAGCCCUGCUUGGGGCUCCAGUCCUUCUUGGGGUAUGAGGCUCCAGCCUGACAAGAGGCCUCCAGUCCACCUUGCGGGGCUUGGGGCUCCAACCCUUCUGAGGGUACAGGACAUGAGGCUUCAGCUGCCUGGGAAGCUGAGGGAUAGGGCUACUGGGGAAGCUGUGGGCUGAGACUGCUCCAGUCUCCCCGCCAUCUGGGAAGCUGCUGCAGUUCCCCCUGCUACCUCCGGAGCUGCAAGUUGGGGCUGCUCUUCUCCCCACCACCACCUGCGAAGCUGUGGCCUGGGGCUUCAGCCCCCACUCCUCCAUUGCCUCCAGCCCUGCCCACAAGGCGUGCGAUUAACACAUUAAAAAUUAAUGUAUUAAUUUCGAUUUCAGUUAAUCACAGGUGCUAACUGCGAUUAAUUGACAGCCCUACUUUUUUAUUGUUUUAUCUCCUCCAGUGUGUUUAAGCUGACAUGCCUGGACAAAUAUUUUAGCCCCCAUUAGUCUGAAUUGUACCUGGUAUGUCACAAGGUGCAUGCACACGUGUGUGCAGGGUAAUGUAGGAGGUACAUGAGGGAGCGGGAAACUGGGAUGUGUGUGCACAGGUAAAAGUAGGAGGUUCAAGAGGCAGAUGGAAUUUGAGAGAUGUGUGUAUGCAAGGAAAUUUGGAGACUAGAAGAGAGAGGAAAACGGAUUUAAACCUUGGCUGCUUGGCGCUGCUCCUGAGUGGUGUAAAGCAGCCAGGGUAUGCUGGUUAGUCUUGGCCAGAAAAGUUAAAAUUAAAAGCAAUAAUUUAAAGUUGUUUCUUCAUAUCUUCAAAUCAUUGGAAGUAUCACAUGGUAAUGUUCCUUGUGA